CCAGAAGAGGAGCCGAAAGAGGAAGCAGCCCCAGCCAAACCUGUGGUUGGAAUUAUUUACCCUCCUCCAGAAGUCCGGAAUAUUGUGGACAAGACUGCCAGUUUUGUAGCCAGAAAUGGACCUGAGUUUGAAGCUCGAAUUCGUCAGAAUGAGAUAAACAACCCCAAGUUCAAUUUCCUGAACCCCAACGAUCCCUACCAUGCCUACUACCGGCACAAAGUCAGUGAGUUCAAAGAGGGCAAAGCCCAGGAGCCCUCGGCUGCUAUUCCCAAGGUGAUGCAGCAGCAGCAGACAGCCCAGCAGCAGCUGCCACAGAAGGUGCAGGCCCAGGUGAUCCAGGAGACAGUGGUUCCCAAAGAGCCUCCUCCAGAGUUCGAGUUCAUUGCGGACCCUCCCUCCAUCUCCGCCUUUGACCUGGAUGUGGUGAAGCUGACGGCACAGUUCGUGGCGCGCAAUGGGCGGCAGUUCCUCACGCAGCUGAUGCAGAAGGAGCAGAGGAACUACCAGUUUGAUUUCCUGCGCCCCCAGCACAGCCUCUUCAACUACUUCACGAAGCUGGUUGAGCAGUACACCAAGAUCUUGAUCCCACCCAAAGGUUUGCUCCUCAAACUCAAGAAGGAGGCGGAAAAUCCCAAGGAAGUCCUUGAUCAGGUGUAUUACAGAGUGGAGUGGGCAAAGUUCCAGGAGCGAGAGAGGAAGAAGGAAGAGGAGGAGAAAGAAAAGGAGCGUGUGGCUUAUGCCCAGAUUGACUGGCAUGACUUUGUGGUGGUGGAAACAGUUGACUUUCAGCCCAAUGAGCAAGGGAAUUUCCCUCCUCCCACCACUCCGGAAGAGCUGGGAGCUCGGAUCCUUAUCCAGGAGCGGUAUGAGAAGUUUGGGGAAAGUGAGGAGGUGGAGAUGGAGGUGGAGUCAGAUGAGGAAGAUGAAAAGCAAGAGAAAACAGAUGAGCCCCCAGCCCAGAUGGAUCAAGACACGCAAGUGCAGGAUAUGGAUGAGGGCUCAGAUGAUGAAGAUGAAGGUCAGAAGGUUCCUCCUCCUCCAGAAACCCCGAUGCCACCACCUCUUCCUCCCACACCAGACCAGGUCAUCGUGAGGAAGGAUUACGAUCCCAAAGCCUCAAAGCCGUUACCACCCGCCCCAGCUCCAGAUGAGUAUCUUGUUUCCCCCAUCACUGGAGAGAAGAUUCCUGCCAGUAAAAUGCAGGAGCACAUGAGGAUUGGCCUCCUGGAUCCUCGAUGGCUGGAGCAGCGCGACCGCUCCAUCCGGGAAAAGCAGAGUGAUGAUGAGGUCUAUGCCCCAGGUUUGGAUAUUGAAAGCAGCCUGAAGCAGCUGGCAGAGCGCCGUACUGAUAUCUUUGGUGUAGAAGAGACUGCCAUUGGUAAAAAGAUUGGUGAAGAGGAGAUCCAGAAACCAGAGGAAAAGGUGACCUGGGAUGGCCACUCAGGCAGCAUGGCCCGCACACAACAGGCUGCUCAGGCCAAUAUCACCCUCCAAGAGCAGAUUGAAGCAAUCCAUAAGGCCAAGGGACUGGUGCCAGAAGAUGACAGCAAGGAGAAGAUCGGUCCCAGCAAACCCAAUGAGAUACCCCAGCCACCCCCUCCGUCAUCAGCAUCAAAUCCCCCUGCUAGUGCUCAGCCCAUCACAUCUGUGCCUCGUCCCCCCACG